AAGAUAGAGAACAAGUUUUACUAAAUUACAAUAGUCCAAAGUGAAUAUAUAAAGCAGAACGCAAACUAUUAUGCACAACUGGUUAGCAAAUUGUGUAUGAUUUUAGACUUUUGUGUACAUAUGCGUAUGUAUUAGGAAUAAACGCGAAAAAUUCGUUAAGCAAUUAAAGCAUUGAAACGCACAUGAAUAUGCAUUAAUAUUUAGAUAGACCAAUGAAUUUAAUAAGAACUAGUUAAAUGGUUUAGCAAUUGCCAAGUAAAUAUAGAGACAUACGUACAUACAAAUAUACAACACAUAAUACAUACCUACAUAUAAGUUCGUUUGACGGAAGCGAAAAAUUGCAUUGGCGUCGAGCACUCAACAAUUGAGCACCGAAAUGCGUGCCUCCAUUCCACCCGGCGUACGUGUUGUACGCGGUCCAAAUUGGAUAUGGCAUAAUCAAGACGACGGAGAAGGUCAUGUUGGCACCGUUUGCGAAAUAGGACGCUGUGGAUCUACACACUCGCCAGAGAAUACUGUUGUGGUCAACUGGGAUUCCGGACAUCGAACCAAUUACAGAGUAGGCUAUCAAAAUCAAUACGAUCUUAUAAUUGUGGAUAAUGCACAAGUUGGUGUGCGCCAUUCGAAUGUUGUUUGUGAUGGCUGCUCCAAGGCGGGCAUAGCUGGCAUUGUGUUCAAGUGCGCGCAGUGCACCAAUUAUCACCUUUGUGCCUUUUGCUACGGCGCCGAUUUGCACGAUUUGGAGCAUCCAUUUGUGCGCUAUACCACGCCCACUUCCUUGGGCGUACGCGUACCGCCACGCAAAGCUUCGAAGCGUAUACAGCUGCGUGGGAUUUUUGUGGGUGCCAAAGUGGUGCGCGGUCCGGACUGGGAGUGGAACGACCAGGACGGCGGCGAGGGAAAAACUGGGCGUGUUAUGGAAAUACGUGGCUGGGAUAAUGAAUCUUGUCGCAGCGUAGCCAACGUAUCUUGGGUAACGGGUUCAACGAACGUUUAUCGUCUCGGUCACAAGGGAAACGUCGAUUUGAAGUAUAUAUCAGCCACGUGUGGCGGACACUAUUACAAGGAUCAUAUGCCAGUGCUAGGGCAGCCGGAGGAGCAACAACCGAUUGUAACCAUGGUGAAGCCGAGCUUCUCUGUGGGCGAUCGUGUCAAGGUUUGCUUGGAGGUGGACGCGUUAAUGAAGCUACAGCAGGGUCAUGGUGGCUGGAAUCCGCGCAUGGUCGAGCACUUAGCCAAGCUGGGCACAGUGCAUCGCAUUACGGACAAGGGAGAUAUACGCGUGCAGUAUGAGAACUGCCCGAAUCGCUGGACCUUUCAUCCCGCCGCUUUGGUCAAGGUUGUUUCCUUUCGUGUGGGCGAUCUUGUCACCAUUAUAAACGAUGCGCACAAGGUGCAGCAGCUGCAGAAAGGACACGGCGAAUGGAUUGAUAUCAUGCGCUAUGCGCUGGGCAAGCUUUGCAAGGUGGUGAAAGUCUACUCCGACGGCGACCUGCGCAUACAGCAGCUGGACGAUGGCUUCGAAUGGACUCUCAAUCCGAAAUGUGUUAAACUGGAGCGUUCGCCUUUGGCGACGGCAGCGGAACGUUCCAAUAGCAUGAUGGACUUGAGUCAUCGCCGCACCGAUCAUGUAAUGACCCCGCUCUCUGGCCUAUCCGGCAGCUCAGUGGCCGACAAGCUGGUGCGCGAGGCAGCCCAAGGGCAUUUGGACUUUGUCAAGCAAUAUCUGGAUAUAAAUCCCAGUCAGGUGGAUGUCAUGAGUGGCGGCAAGGCCUGCAUACAGGUGGCCUCGCAUCAGGGCUAUGUGGAGCUGGUUACCUACCUCAUAUCCAAGGGCGCCAACGUGAAUGUGGUGGACAAGGAAGGCGACUCGGCGCUGCAUUAUGCAGCAUUUGGCAAUCAGCCGGAAACGAUGCGUGUGCUGCUUGAGCACGGCGCCGAGGUGAAUUUCCUGAACUCCAGCCACUGCUCCGCACUGCAUAUAUGCGCGCAUAAAAAGACGCCACAUUGCGUGCGUGAGCUGCUGCAGCAUAAUGCCAAUGUUAACAUACAGGACUCAUAUGGCGACACAGCGCUGCACGAUGCCAUAGGCAAGGAGAACACGGAGGUGGUGGAGCUGCUGUGCAAUGCGCCCAACUUGGACUUUACAGUGAAGAACAAUCGCGGCUUCAAUGUGCUGCAUCAUGCGGCGCUUAAGGGCAACGUCGUGGCCACGCGACGCAUCCUGCAGCUCUCGCGGCAGCUGGUCAAUGUGCGCAAGGACGAUGGCUUUGCAGCGCUGCAUUUGGCGGCACUGAAUGGACAUGCGCAGGUGGUGGAAACGCUGGUCACAGAAGGCCAAGCGGAGCUGGAUAUACGCAACAAUCGACGCCAGACGCCCUUCUUGCUAGCCGUUUCCCAAGGACAUGCGAGCGUUAUUGAGCGCCUGGUCAAGCUGUCGUGCGACGUCAAUGCCAAGGAUGAGGAUGGCGACAAUGCGAUGCAUUUGUGCGUCAUCAAGAAAUCGAAUCUACAACAAGCCGCCGAGCCCAAUGCAGAGGAGGCGCCUGAGAUACACAAGUUCUUCACUAGCCUGCAGCAGACCAGCGUGCGCAGCGAGGAUCGCUUGAUGUACAGCAUACUCAUCUAUUUGUCGCGUCAUGGCUGCCGCGUGGAGCUGAACAAUGCGAAUGCAAGCAUUUUUGAAUGGAUCACCGAUCGCAAUAUACGCCAACUUAUCUUUGGACAGCAGGCGGAGGAGAGCGCCGCAUCAGUGCCCAGACCCUUGCAGCGUAAUAUGCAAGCGUUGGACAUUAAUACGACGGAUGAAACGCCUGCUGCAACGGACGAAGCAGCAACGCCCGCAGCGGCAGCACUAACUCUAGCAGCGCCUGCAACGCAGCCCAGAGCAGCUGGUGAAGCCUGCUCGCCUGGCGCCAAGAAGCUUAACUCGGAUGCCAAUGGCGCAAACGGCGGUGGCAGCAGCAGCAGCUCCAGCGUGUCGCCGCAAGUGGCGCCACGCAAAAAAGCACCAAAACCACCAGUGCCAACAGUUGCUGCAGCAACAACAACGACAAGCGCUUGUGCGGAAGUCCAGGCAAUCAGCGUGGAAAGCAGCAGCGCUGUGGCAGCUGCCUUGCCGGGUCUUAUAGUGGGUCCGCAGGAGUGCAUUGUCUGCAAUGAGCAGCUGCCGCUAGUGCGUUUUGAGCCCUGCCUGCAUCAAAUUGCUUGCGAUGAGUGCAGCAUACGCAUGAAAAAAUGUUUACGCUGUGGCGUUGCCAUCGACCGGCGACUGGACGGACAGGGACGACCGGUCAGCAAUCAAUUAUCGUCAACAGCCUCGCCUAGUGAUCAGGCGCGUGUCCCGCCUGGCGAUCUGCUGCGCUAUUUGGAGAACAAGGUGCAGGAGUUCGAGGAGUCGCACUUUUGUGGCAUUUGCAUGGAGCGUAAACGUGAUGUUGCCUUCUUGUGUGGUCAUGGCGCCUGCUCGCAUUGCGCCGAAACCUUGCGCACUUGCCACAUGUGCCGCAAGACUAUACUAAAGAAGAUCAAUCUGUACUGAAGGAGCAGCGCACAACCAAAGUGGCUUUUUGUAUAUAUAGUAUAUACCUACACACAUACACACACAUACAUCAAGAGAAAAAUAAGUAACAUUUUAUGGAACUUACUUUGCAAAAUUCACUCAACACAUUAUUAUUUAUUUAAAAACAAAACACACCAACGAAUUUUUUGCUGUUAUCUAUAACGCUGACCAUUUAACAUAAAACAAAUCAAAACAUAAAACACAUUUUUCGCACCUAAAUUAUAACCACGAAAUGUCUUAAUUUAUUAGCCAUGUUAAUACAAAUUGCAUGCGUUUGGUUUACUAAUUUUUUCUAAAUAAUAAGCAAAUA